GCGUGUCACUGGCGCGUGUUUAUUGAAAUAGCGCGCUGUUGUUGCAUUGAAAUAUUACAGGGAUAGAUCAAGAUCAAGAUAGGUUCCUUGUUUUCCGGCCCAUUCUGCACAUUUUUUUGUCUAAUUUUAUUGUGAAUGGAAAAGUGGGAAACUGAAGCCACGCUUAGGACGCCACCAGCGCAUAGUAUUGGUAUCAGAUCUUUCGCUACUCUGACGCGGUUAGUUCCAAGCUAGCCAGAAUGAGUCAAGCACCAGCCAGCCAGGACGGUCUUCCAAACACCCAGGACAUUUCUGAUGUCGAGGCCAUCUAUUCCCAAAGUCAGGAGCAGCCUGGCGGCGACGUCCAGAAGUGGGGCCGCCUGUUCCCCGUCGGCAUCCGUGCCAAGUUUGACGGCCUAGAUAUGUUCAAAAACGAGUACACGCUGGGCCGCGGCGAGUCCUGCGACGUGGUCGUCGGCCUGCACAACCUUGUCGAAAAGUACCUGCUCACCAUCAGCAAAACGCACCUCAAGGUGGUGAGGGCCGAGGCGUCCACCGGCUGGCACGUGUACCUGGAGGAUCUGAGCUCCAACGGAACAUUCGUCAACGGAGAGCUAGUCGGCAGGGGCAACAAGGUGGCGCUCAAGAACAACGACGAAAUCUCGCUCUCCAUGAAACUCCUCAAAGUGUUUGUGUUCCACGACUACACGGAUAACGACUCGGCCAGCUACCCGGAGCAGCUGCGCGCCCGGUACACCAUGUCGCGCGUGCUCGGAGCCGGCGCGUGCGGCGAGGUGCGACUCGCCUUCCGCAAGGGCACCAUGGAGCGAUUCGCGAUCAAGAUAAUCUCCAAGAAGAAGUUCACGCUGCGCGGGCAGCACCAGAUCAACCAGACCGAUGCGGUGGCCAACGAGGUGAACGUGCUGCGCGCGCUGGACCACCCGUGCGUGAUUCGGAUCCACGACGUGAUCGACUCGCCGGCGGCCGUCUACAUCGUGCUGGAGCUAGUCGAGGGCGGCGAGUUGUUCGACAGAGUCAUGGCGCUCAAACAGCUCGACGAGCCCACCGCCAAGCUGUACUUUUACCAGAUGCUGCAGGCGGUGCGCUACCUGCACCAGAAGGGAAUCGCGCACCGCGACCUCAAGCCGGAGAACGUGCUGCUGGCCUCGGAGGAGCAGGAGACGCUCGUGAAAAUCACCGACUUUGGCCUGGCCAAGAUCGUGGAGGAGGACGGUCUGUUGAAGACGCUCUGCGGCACGCCCACCUACGUGGCGCCGGAGGUGCUGCGCCGCCGGCCGGACGCCAACUACACACACAGUGUCGACUGCUGGAGCCUGGGCGUCAUACUCUUCAUCUGUCUGGCCGGGUACCCGCCGUUCUCGCCCGAGUACAAGGACAUGCCGCUGCAGGAGCAGAUCCUGCGCGGACGCUUCACGUUCCAGCGGCGCCAGUGGCGCGGCGUCAGCGAGCCGGCCAAAGACCUGGUGCGCCGCCUGCUCACCGUCGACCCCGCCCAGAGAAUCUCCGUGGAGCAGGCGCUGCAGCACCCCUGGCUGCAGGACAAGAAGACGGCGGCGGUGGCCGACCGGCUGAUGGGCCGGGGGAAGCGGCGCGCCGAGGACUGUCUGGCGCCGGCCGGCCGCCGGAGACGCACCCUGGCCGACGUCAACGGCCACCAGGAGACGGCGACGUCCUGAGCGGACGGCGGCCCUACGCAGGGCGGACGAUAUUCAGCAGCUGGCCGGGGCGGCAGCGUGCUGCUGAAAGGAGACGGCCCAUUGCAGGCGGCGGUCGCGCUUGUCUCUCGCCGGGUCGCCGUCGAUCUGGGCGUUCCGCGGUGCCUCGCUGGCUGGUAAUACUCGAGGGGCGGCUCGCCCGUCCGGCCACCGCCGGCGUCUCAGCCGGGCAGCGCCGGCCGACCAGAGACUGAUGUCGCUGCUGCGCUGGAAGUGGACGGACUAGUACCUGAACGGGGUGGGCUGUGGACGGCUGGAAGCCCGGCAGACGGGCAGUCUGUCGCGUUGGUGGAGGACGCGGGUUACCGCGGCGGUGGCCUUGCUCUGUGCCUGGGAGCUGUGCUGUGCUGAUAGUCCAGAGCGAGCCUUGUCCAGAGUGCUUGUACUUUGGUAGCGUGUAGUCUGCACCUUGGUGCAAUCUCUGAACAGUCUGCACGCGUCUUGCCGUGAUGUCCUGUGGGGACUGGGGUGAGCCACGCCCGGCUGGGACCGUCAGGCGGUCUGACGGCACUGGGGCCCCGAUAGCGGGCGGGUGGCUGCAGCGUUUUGUGAACAUUGUUAUCGCAUCGUCGUCUGACUCCGUAGGUGAUACUGCCGCUCAUGACGUAGGGUUUUCUAUUCCUUUAUGAGGCUACAAUGAGUGUGGCACAUGUUUCCUGAAGCAGCGUAUAAUAUGCGUGCUCGUGUCUGUAUUGAUGUGUUUCUGCCUCGCAAGACCGUUUUUGUACUUUUGUUUCAUCAUGUGAUCAAGUGAAUUGAUUUCUCAGAUAUUCAUUGGCAAGUGCCAACGUAGUUGACCCAGGAAUAAUAAACUUACACUGUUCAUGAGUA